ACUUUCAAAUUUUUUUUAUUCAUUAAAAUUGUAAAUAAAAAAAAAAAUCUUUAACAAAAUACGAAAAUAGUACUUUAUUUAUUAUAUAAAAAGUAUUUCUAUAAUCCGUCUUGUUUUUUAUGUUUUAUAAGUGUAACUGUUGAUUUUAUUAUUAUUUGUACCUUGGUAGCUUGAAUUACGGUUUCUAGACGGUUGUGAUAAGUCUAUAAAGGGUCAAAUAUUUGACCAAAAUUUGUAUUACAUGUGAACUGUGGAUAUAUAUCCGAGGAGUAUCGGAUAAAAUAUAUCGUCGUAUUUAAUUUAUUUUUCAUAAAAUAAAAUACUAUAUAUAAAUAGUUCGAAUAUUAUUCUUUUGAAACAUAAAGUUAAUUUUAUAUAUAUUUUCGAAUCAUGAAACCUACAAGUGAUCCAAAAGUUUCUGGCGCCAAAACUACCACACCAGAGGUUAAUGCUAAAGUUAGAGAAUCUUUACACGAUUUGCAACCAACAGCUAUGGACAAGGAAAAUCUAGUUGGUGGUGGAAGAACCCUCAAAACAGAUUCAUCGAUCAAAGAUGCCUUAAAGAAAGAUAUUGAAAGCACAACGGAGAAACCAAAAAUAACAAAACAAAAACACAAAAAAGUUAUUUGUAAAAAUAAGGCAGUUCAAACAAGUAGAGGAGAACAGAUUCAAAUCGAAAUAGAAGAUUUAACCUCUGAAGCUGGUCCAAGCGAGAAUUAUUGGCAAGUACUAGCAGAAAGACGACGAAUAGCACUUCAUGACGUGCUAGAUGAAAAUAAAACAUUACACGAACGAAUAGCAUCAUUGCAAGAAGAAAAUCGUUUGUGUAACGAAAUGUUGAACGAAACACGGGCAUUAGUUGAAGUAUUACAAGAAAUGAUUGAAGAUGAUAGCAACGGCAUACACAAUUCAUUGGAAGAUAGUGCUCUUUAAUUUUAUAUUAUAUUUUCAAGAGUGAUCCAAAUAUUAUUUUUAUACAGUAAUUCCAUAUUGUAUAAAAGCCUAAAAAAAUUAAAGAUUAUUGAACAAA